GAUUCCACGGAGCUAUUGACAUUGCUUGACCCCCGUUCAUUGCCGUUUCACUUCCUAGUAAGCACCGGCACAGCUCCGACGAACGGUUCGACGGGACAGCGAUUCCAAUUCCCUCGCCAAAUUUUAUUGGUCUGUUUGAUUUAACCAUGCAAACUCUCCUCCUACCGGCACCCCGCUCCGGCGGGCCAUUAUCACCUCUCCAUUCGGUGCUUUCCUCAAGUCCGUCGCCGCCAUACCUCCACCGAACGCCACCCAAAUCCGCCUGCUCCGUCGCCACAUUUACUCUAUCAUCAUCAUCGUCUUUCAACCCACUUAAAUUACGCGCACCGCUUUUUUCACCCCAAUUCUUAGUAUGCAGUAAACAGACCAAAACCCUCGUUUCCGCUUCUGUAUCGACUCCAUACAAUUCCUCAAAUGACGACUCUGAAAAAUCCAAGCUUGCUCAGGUUGCAAAGAGACUAGAGAGUACUGCAAGAUAUUUCAAAAGAUUGGGUGGAUUAGGAUUUUGGGGGCAGCUGGUUUGUACAGUCGUUGCGGCUGUAAUCCUCUCAUUUUCUGUUGUUAUUACAGGGAAGAUUACAUCUCCCGCAACAUUUUAUUCGACGGCUGGAGGUAUUGCGGCUGCGUUCAUUUCCGUGUUCUGGUCUUUUGGAUACCUUCGUCUGUCUGAAAAGCUUCGCAAAACCGCGAAUGAUCCUUCAAAGGCUCCUCCUCGUGCGGAUGUUGUGAGAAGCUUAAAAAAUGGUAUAAUCUUGAACAUUCUCGGGAUGGGUGCUGCAAUAUUUGGCAUGCAAGCUACUGUAGGUUUGCUGGUGGCAAAAGCUCUUACCACAUCAUCCAAUCCUUACUAUCAGGGUAUUGCUCCUGGAAGUACUCCUGUUCUUCCACUUGAUGUGUUCUUGAUACAGGCUUCAGCAAAUACUAUCCUUUCUCAUUUUCUCGGCCUUAUAUUCUCACUCGAACUGCUGCGUUCAGUCGCCUUACCACCUUCAGAAACCAACCCAGUUCCUAGGGUGGCAUGAUUCCCAGUACCAGAGCUGAUAAAAGAGCUGUCGAGAUGCAACAAAAUUCCAUGUAUGCUUGGCCAUAUUGCAGUGUCACUGUGAGGGGUUUCUCAUUUAAGUUUACUCUAAACCAAAUUACGUUGCUUACCAUUGUAACAAAAGUUAACAGGGAAUUUGCUUUUAGUAAAUUUCCAAUGAGAUAGGUGUUUUCAAAAUUGGUCGGAGUUUGGUUUGUAAUAGAACAUAAGAUACCUCUAGGCUUAUUACUUGAUAUAAACUGUAGAAACUGUGUGGAUUAUUAACUCUUGGUCUUCCGGUGAUGCAAUAAUGAACCUUUUCAUCACUCCGAACUGAAUGAAUUUUUUCAUCAAAUAUUACCUUUCGUUUC